GUUCAAAAUGGCGGAGGUGUUCGAAAGCCCCCUUAUCAGUGUUCGCAGUGAUCAUGGGAGGCGUCGGACACACAGCAUCAAUGACCCCGAACUUGACAUUGCCUAUGAAUCGGGGAACAUGGCAUUUGACAUACCCACAUCAUACGAAGAUGCUGACGAACAGCUCCGCGAGAUUAACCGCCGCAAACGCUGGCAUUUGAAUUACCAAGAGGCAGCCAUCUUUCUGCAGGAAGGGGAGAACAAUGACAAGUACUACACCCAUCCCCACUCCCAUGAUGCACUGCCAGCGUACGAGGUGGCCCACAACCGCUGGUUCUAUGUCCUGGACUUCUUGGCGGCCCUACUGGUGCUGGGUCUGGCUUUGUGUGAGAGGCCGGCCGUCAGCUACCUCAGUCUACCUGUCGGGGUCCACGGAUCUCUGGAACUUCUUGGCCUGCUCAUUCUGAGUCUGGACCUGGGAAUCAGAAUUAAAUGGCUGGGCUGGAGGACGUGUCUCCGUCACAAGAGGACCGUCAUCAAGGCUACAACACUGUUCAUCAUGGGCGUCGAGGCCAUCGUGGUGCUGGUUAGGCAGACCAACCACUUCCGGGUCACCCGUGCCCUUCGACCUCUCUUCCUUAUCCACUCACAUUACUGCCGAGGGGUCAGGAGAAUCUCCAGACAGGUGCUUCAGUCGAUGCCGCCCAUCUUAGAUAUGAUAUUCCUCCUCCUCUUCUUCAUGCUCAUCUUCUCAAUCCUGGGCUUCUACCUGCUGUCUCAGAUAGAUAACAACAGUUAUUUCCAAACUAUUCAAGACAGCUUCGUCAGUUUGUUCAUCCUUCUCACAACAGCCAACUUCCCCGAUGUCAUGAUGCCUGCGUACGCAACAUCACCGUUUUACAGCCUGUUCUUCAUCGUGUAUCUCUCACUGGAACUCUACUUCGUCAUGAACCUGCUGUUGGCUGUCGUGUACGACACCUUCCUGAAUCUGGAGAAAGUCAAGAUCCGGUCUCUGUUCUUCCACAAAAGAGAAGGAUGUCAACAUGCGUUCAAGCUGGUCACAACCAAACAGAACUGUUCCACGUUGAGCGUGAGACAUUUUGUUGGAAUGAUGAGGUUCUUCCGACCAAAACGAGAAACACGGGACUACUACUUGAUGUUCAAGAGUUUGAACACAAGCAAGACAGGGGGGAUAACUCUGGAUGAGUUCUACAGAGUAUUCGAGAUCAGCUCUCUACAGUGGAAGCUGAAGAAUGACGAUUCCUUAUGGUCUUCCAACUUCCGUCAUCCGUGUAACAUCGUCUUCAAAUUUCUUAACCGAUUCAUCAACUGGAAGUGGUUUGACUAUUUCAUUUAUUUGGUGAUUGCAUGUAACUUCUUAUGGAUCCUGAUAGAGACGAUCAACUUAUCUAUAAAUGCUGUCAAUGUAAAGUCAUACGAUUUCACAGCAAGCUGGACUUCGAUUGUGUUCGUAUGUAUAUACUCAGUGGAGGCCAUCUUGAAGAUCCUUGGCAAGGGGCCACAUAUAUAUUUCACAUCAGGCUGGGACCUGUUUGACUUCCUGGUGACCGUCAUCAGUGUUAUAGGAGUGCUCCUUGAGAUCCUGGACGACAGCUUCUACUACAUCAUCGUACUCCGUCCUUUCAGACUGCUCAGGUUAUUUAAGAUCAAGAGACGCUACAGAGAUGUGCUGGGCACACUGUUUGUGCUGUUCUCACGACUGACCAGUUUGGCCGUGGUGAUCAUCAUGGUCUAUUAUUUCUUCGCUGUCAUUGGAAUGGAAAUGUUUCUCAAUGUCGACCUGAGGAACUGUUGCAAGAACUCCAGUAUGGCCGAUUACUACCGCUUUGACACCAAGAACCAGCAGGGCUACUACUUAAACAACUUUGACAACAUUCUCAGAUCUGGAGUGACCUUGUUUGAACUGACAGUUGUUAAUAACUGGUUCAUUAUAAUGGAGGGGUAUGCGUUGGGCAUGAGUGAGUGGACACGGAUCUACUUCAUGCUGUUCUACAUUGUCAUGAUGGUUGUGAUGAACAUCGUGGUGGCCUUUGUGUUGGAAUCGUUCCUGUUUCGUAUCAACUAUCGGCACAUGGAUGUGGACGACAUAGAAGAUCACGGCAAGUACAAUGUGGAGAUUUCCCUGUCAGAAGAGGAGAGGGACAUGUGUGAACGGCCGCAUGCAUGGCUGACCGGUGCUCACAUAUCUACCACAGCUAAUCAAGAGGGAUCACAGAUGCCGUAAGUGUACCGUGGGGAGAGGUUCCGAAGCAAGGAGGACUUCAGUCUCAGGAUGUACUCAGACGAAGUGCAGACCUGGAUAGAUGAAGAGAAGGCCAAGCGGAGAGAGGCAAUCUGUGAGAUGGAACAGAUGAGACAGAGAGUGAGUCGCCCCCAACUCCAGGACCUAC